AAAAGCUAUUGCGUGGUGCAAGGUCUCCUCUUAUUGUUCUGCAAAUACAGGCAACUACUCCUAAAAAUACACAAACAUGUUUGAAGGAUGUGUACAUGUUUCGGUACCACUUAUAAUCUUCUGUGUUGCUUUCAUUUUAUCUGUGACAUGCAACCUUGUAUUCUGCAUCAUGAAAUUUAAAAAAGGUAAAAAAAUAAAAUACCAUAAUCAAUGCACCAUAAGUUAUGAACAACAACAAUAUGUGGAAAAUAACCCAAUAUAUGGAAAUCUGAAUCAACUAAUACAUGAACAUAAUAAUGAGGGUUGCUACGUACAGAUGUCUCAUCCCUAUCAGAGAAACAGAGAUGAUAUUGUGGUGGUCUCUGAAGAAACAAUGUGCUAUGCAGCACUGGACCUCAGCCCCAAAAAUCAAAGGAUGAGCCAAAAGAAUGCUAUGGCAGUAAACACUCAAAUCUGUGAUUUAGACAUAUCAUCUAUGAACAGAGAACACUUUUUAUCUAGAUCCAGCAUUUAUCUCAAUACUGAUAAGCUUAAAGCUGAGAUUAACAAUGAUGACAAUUUGAUACAUGAUGACCCGAUCAGACUUUAUAAUAUGAUAAAGAAAGCAAGACAAAACGUGACUACAGAGGACCAAAGUCAGGCAGACUGAUAUUCUGGGACAUAAUUCUUGGUUUUGAAGGAAUAUACUCUAACAUUAUUCUUGACUGCAAUAACAUAUUUGAAACAUUUGGAUUAAACAAUCAGGAGAUAUUUUUCAGAAACCACUUACUGAAGGUUCAUGAUGGGCAUGCCUUGGCAGGGAACCUCCUAUAUACUAUAGGGUUGUUUAUCUACAAUCAAAGCUUUAUUUAAAAAAAAAAAAUAUUUAAAAAAUAAUGUCAUUAUAGGCAUAUUUAAAGGUAAUUUACUCAACAUGAGGUUUGUAUGAGUUGAUAAACAAGGGAAUCUUUACGGUGAUUUUGUUUAUGUUUAAAACCAAAUAAAGAUUUACAUGUGAUUUCCAUUGAUGCAACUAGAGUCCACAGUUGUGGAAAACCAUUUUCUCUGUGAAAUGCCAAUAAAGGAGCUCUUUAAUGAAUGAAUUUGUUAUGGUGCCUGGAUUCUGAGGGUGCUAUAUCUGGUAUCAAUACUAAACAGCAUACUCACCACUUAGAAGAGAUUCUUGGUCCAUGGAAAACAAGAGCCUGUUCUCCAGUGAUGAUAUGGUGGAGGUAGAGAUAUGUUCCACUUCACAACAUACCAGGGAUAGUGGUCACUGAUUGGCUGAGAGCACCAGCUGAGUUCUUUCAAUAAAUCACUUCCACAAUACCUGGUAUGAACUGGUAUGGUGCAAGGUCGAAACAUAACUCCUUCCUCAUACCGUCAUUAGCAGUUUGGCUUUGGGCUGCCGGGGCAAAGAGUCUUUACUAAACUGUGAGUCAACUGUUAAGCAUUGAUGCAGGACUUGGUGCCUGCAGAAUUACAGUUGUAAUAAUAUAUUUUUUGUAAAUAUUCACCAGCUGUUUAUAUUUAAAGUUGUACAAUUUUCUUGUAAUGGUUGUAAUGCGGACUCUAAGCUUUGUGAUGUAAUCUCUUACAUAAUCCUGGAAUGUCUCUAAUGUAGAAAUAAAAAUUAAAUCAA